UGGCUACUUGAACCACAUUAUCAGUUUUUUCACAUUUCAAGAUGCUUCGAUUCACAAAUACAUUAUUUAUAACCAUACAAUGGCCAACUUAUUUUGUUGCAUAACUGUGAUAUUCCUUGCCAUUGGGUCGUUCCAUUUUCCAGAAGUGCAGGCUAAACUGAAAAUUACAAAUGGAGAAGAGGUGACGCCGCAUUCCAUGCCAUAUGUCGUGGCCCUACAAGCAAUUAUCCAGGGAAAAGCCAUCCAGUGCGGAGGCUCUUUGGUUAAAACCAAUAAAAUCCUAACGGCAGCCUCGUGUGUCUAUGAAGCUACAAACGUCACAGUAACACUUGGAGCUCACAACUUGGACGAAAACGAGGAGACGCAAGUGAAGAUUGAGGUUACCAAUGUCACAAUCCACGAAAACUAUGAUCCUGAUAAACAUUACAACGAUUUGGCCGUCAUCAAUCUGGAUUCUCCGGUCGAACUAAAUGCUGCAAUGUCAACCAUUCCAACCCCCACCUUAUCCGAUAUAAUCGAAACCUACGCGGAUGAAUUGGGCAUAGUGGCAGGUUGGGGUAAACUGGACACCACAAACGCCACCUACUCGCCUGUGCUAAGAAAAAUGGACGCCACAAUUAUUCCAUUUUUGGCAUGCACUAUUUCCUACUUGGGUCAGGUGCAUAUGAACCAGAUUUGCACCACAGGUAUGCAGGAUGGACGGAAUAUUUGCACCGGAGAUGCCGGUAGUCCUUUGAUCGUGAAUGGAACACAAGUUGGAGUGGUGUCCUAUGGAAGCGUGUUGGGUUGCAACGUGGGUUUCCCAGGAGUACACACCAGACUGACCAGUUUCUACUUUUGGCUCGAAAAUCAUCUUCAAUAAGCAAACAAUAGAAUUAAAUGAAUAAUUAUUAAUAAA